ACAAUGGCCGAUGUUUUUGUUUUGAACUCGGUGUGUUUGUUGUUACGUCCGCCCGAUUGAGUAACCUACUGAUCGAUGUAUUCUGUCUAUAGUUUAUUGAAAACAAAACCUACGAUCGAGUAAUUUUAUUACUUUCUACUUCUUUCAUCUUCACGCGGAAAAAAAAUAUAUGUUAUUACUAUUAAAAGACUUCGAACAAAAUGCACACAAAAUCAUAUUUUGAUAUAUAUGUUAAGUUUGUACAUAGGUAAAUUCCAGACCGGAAUAAACCCAUCGUGUUUUACACGUGCAACAGAGGAUAGACAUUUUAGGGGUACAAAAUGUUUGGAAAUCAUUCGAGUGUACACUGUGAUGUCAUAAUGAGUUAAUUGGAAUCAGUUGGCAUGGUGACCUGGGCAAUCUCAAUGAUUGUAUAUAUUUCUAUAGAUUGUCUUAGGGUUUUAAAUGUUUGAAUAAAAAAAUAACCCAACUUUCAAUUUUGAUGCUAUUUAUUCAUUUUUUUUUUAUGAAUUAUGGUCAAUAUUUUCAAAUAUUACUAAUUAGUUUUGUAUCUUUUUCAUUGCUCUUUUCUUUCUAGAAUACAUAAUAUUGCUUUUUUUGCAUUAAUACACAAUUUAAAAAUAAAAAGGUAAACAAAAUAUUGGAAAUUAUCCAUAAAAGAGACUUUGAUUAACCCUUAAUACACUAAUCCUUUAAUCCUAAUUUUGACUUUUUAAUUCGUGAAUACUGCACAGUAAUUAAAUCCAUGGACAGAUUAUAUAGAAAUCCGAAUAAUAUCUCCCCACUCUUUAUAAUUUAAGUGGACUUCAAAUUCAAAAGAUAACAAAAAAUUUGGUCAAGUUUAUCAUGAUAUACAUGUACAGUCAAUGUCUAUUGACCAUAACAUGUGCCUAUUUAUAAAUACAUGUGCUUAAUUAACAACUUUUAAAUUAUUUUAAUCAAUGUGUUUGGUCAUGGGUUAAAUUGAUGAUUUUGCUUUUCAUUAAAAAAAAAAACAAAAGUAAAUUUCAAAAAAAAAUUCUGCUGUCAGAAUGUUUGUUACAUUGCAAAACAUGCUAGUAUUUUACAUUUGUUUGUGUUAUUUUAUGGAAGUGUUCAAGACUCGCUUUCUCAUUGAGAAUUUAAUAUUAUGACCCUUUGAAAUUGACUUUAUGUUUCUACCUAUCAACUUUCACUGAAAACAAUCUGUAUCCAAAGGCCAUCAAACACAGAAUAUGUCCAUCCUUAGAUGCCAUUGUUGAGUAGAGAAAAAAACCUGUUAAAUCCCUGUGGCUACCCAGGAAUUUGUUUACAAGAUCAGUGAAGCGUGACUAUUGGCUCACUGGGUUCAAUGUCAGAAUAGCCCAGGGGGUCAAAUUCAAUAGAUCCAUUCCUAUUUUUUCCCUUUUGAUAUUUGGACGUGAUUAAUUUCACUGGUGUCAAAUUCCAAUGCUAAAUCUUUCAUAGAGAUGGAUACUGAAAAAAAAGAUAAUGAACUUUUGGAGGAAAGAAGAAUGAAUCGUGGAAAAAAGAAAGUUCUUUGAGGAAAAUCAAGUUUUAAAGGAAAGGUGAAACAACGAAAGAAAACUACAUUUCAAAAAAUUCUCUGUAUGGAAGUGAGUGUAAACUUGAAAACAUCACAACUGAUUUAACAGGUGGCGAAACAUCAGGCGGUGGGUCGAGUUGAAGCUUUUUAAAGCAAUAAUACCUACAUUUCUCAAACUGGCUAGUCCCGGUAAUGUGUUCAGCAUGAUGCAGGAUCCAUACUCCAUGAUGCAUCGAGACGACCGCUUCUACAAGUAUGGAGGCGGUCACUCGCGACAGAUGACCACAGCGUCCUCUAUCCAGGGGAAUAGCUCUGCGUACUACAGCAUGAGCAUGCCAUAUCAGGAGCCCUCCCAUACACUCACACAGAGCGACCUCGCAGCCCUGUCCAAUCAGGCCUCCUCGACAACCCCUUCCGAUUUCUCGGCCCCGCGGGUUCCCUCUGGAGGAAAUGGUCACUCCCCCUCAUCUCUCAUGCCCGGUCCAUCUAAUGUUGACCACACUUCAUCCAGUGCCAUGUCGUCCAUUAUGGACUUGAAUUCUCCUAUUCCCACCGGUGACCCGAUCCCCAAUGUUGCAGGCCAUGAUGCGUCGUCGCAGGAUCUCGAUUCAUCUCAUCUUUCAUCUCCUUCUAGUACAUCUAGUGGUCCCUCAACACCACUCGAUCUAGCCAAUCAGGGAGAUAACAAGAUUCCUCCGAAAAAGCGACCACAUUUGACCCCAGAAAAUCAAAAAGAUGGUGCGUACUGGGAAAAACGACAAAAAAAUAACGAAUCUGCCAAGCGUUCACGAGAAGCACGGCGUAUGAAGGAGGAACAGAUUGCUCUUCGAGUCGUAUUUCUGGAACAGGAAAAUCUCCAGCUUCGUACAGAGGUCUCGCUUCUAAAGAGCGAGAUUGAAAAACUGAGAUGCAUGUUAUAUAACCCCUAGCAACAAGUUUCUCAUAAUCAUGUUCUACAUGUGUGUUUGACUAAUGAUGAAAUAAAUCCGGUGUUCUUGUACUUAGGAGGAGGUGGGCAAGUUCAGCUCGUGCAGACAAUUGUGUUCAAAGAAUUUUUAUUGUUUGUUUUUUUUAAUCUGUCUCGAUCCGAUGGACUUCUUGGAUAUGUUCUCAGGGAUUGCAAGAGACGCUCAGGGAAGGCUCGCUUAGAUUUACAAGUUGUAUGGAGUUACACGGGUAUUCACGAUGGACUUAGAUAUUGAUGUUUAUAUACUGUCUUUUAUGUGCAUAUUUUAGAAAUAUAUAUAUAUAUAACUGCAGUUUUGUUAUCCACAGAGAGCAGAAAAGAGUAUUUGGUCAAAUUUAUUCUGAUAUAUUUCUCUAACCCAGGGGCAAUUGUUAUUGUGAUUUAUAA